UAAGUAAAUAGUCAGCAGUGCUUCAGCAGGUGGCAAGUGGUCUACUGAACUUGAAAUUGAAGGCAGAUAAUUUGGGAAAAUGGAAAACACAAUGAGGCAGUGUGAAUCAUCUUAGCCUCCUCGCUGAACCUUUAUAUGUUCAAAAUCUGCUAUGAGUUUCUACCGAGCCCCUUUAUUCCCAGCAGUGGCUACAGUGGUGAAUUACAGUGCACCAGCUGUCCCACUAAGCCAGCCAGUAGUUACGACAAUGCCUAUUCCAGCUGUCAUGGACAGAAAGCCCAUUGAAGCUGCAGCUCCUAGUUUCCCUGCCACUGAUCCUGUCACUAAAGCUGUUAUGGAUAACAUUAUGGGCAAAUUGCCAACAAAAAAACAAGCUGGUCUGAAAUGUGAGAUCUGUGGCUUAGAGUUUUCUGGAAUGGUAGUCCUUGAGACGCACCUUGCGGGAGCCAAGCAUGCAAAAAAGGUAAAAUCACAAGAAAUUUUGAAGCAGUUGCAAAGCAGUGGGCAGACAUUCACUCGUGAUGAAAAGACCAGGAUUUUGAGGUGUGAAGUCUGUGAUGUCGUUGUGAAUUCCUCACAGCAGCUGCAGACACAUUUGGCUGGCAAUAAACAUAAACAGAAGGUUCUUAAAAAAGGGAUAACAAAUGCUGGAAAUUCAUCCACAUUAAGUAACACUAGUAUAUCUUCAGCAGCUAAUAAUGGAGGUGGUGUUAGUUCUGAAGAAAACAAAGGUGCAGUACGAAAUGUGGAGUUCAAGAUUCCUCCCGGCGUGCAUAAACUUCCAGAUGGAACACGGUCGAAGGUGAACAAAUAUUACUGUGAUACUUGUAGUGUCUCCUUAAACUCCGAGAUACAGCUGGAGCAGCACCUAAGCUCUAGGAAGCACAAGGAUAGACUAGUGAAUGGCAAAGGUAAGCCAAGAUCAGCUCCAUACUGGAAACGAGGACGGCCGAAUUUCAAUCCAUCAGGGAAACCAAAAGUUAACAGAAUGCAAUUACCCAUGCAGUAUUCACAGCCACUUAAUAGUAACAUUGUGAGUGGAACAUCCACAAUGAUCUGAAGAGCCACAGGGCUGUUUUAACAUGUUUUAUCCUAAUCUUGUUCAAAAAAUGUCAGUAUAGUGUCUUUAAGAAAGAUGUGUGACUGGUAUCAUUUGGAUUGUACAGGUAGUCAUUUUCAUAUUUGAAGAGUAAUUAUUCCGAAGAUGUAUAUUUUAAGGUAAUAGUUUUUAUUUUUCAUAAUGAUAUGUAAAUUGUAUUUAAACUGAAUUGACUGAUUU